AGCCCUGUAGGUUGGUCAGGACGAGGAUGUCAUGUCAAAUGGUUGAAUGACUCCAGGACAGAAUGCAGCUGCAAUCACUUAACUCACUUUGCAGUUCUAAUGCAGUUUGACACAUUUUCUGAACCGAAAACUGGCCAAUACAGUAGAUUGCAAAAUGUAGGGUACAAGACAGAAAGAACAGAAGUAAGUUUGUAGGGUCUGGAAAGGAGGGUCCUGAACGCACAUCCCAAACUUUUUUCAUCGCUAUUUCGAAUAUCAUUUUUUUCCAAACUCGCAUCCGUGGCCAAAUUUCAGCUUAUCUUACUUCUCGUCUGGCAGUCACAUUCUGUGUCCCGUCAACGUUUUCCCAAAUCCCGCACUGUAUUUUGUUCACAUCCUGUUUCCCGGAAAUACCCUUCCAGACACCGAGGAAAGGCUGGCCACACCAUCGGGGUCUACAUCCACUACUUUCUAACUACCCGCUUCCCGUCAAAUAUCGAAUCCUAUCAAUGUCUUCCCAAAUCCCGCACUGUAUUUUGUCAAGAUCCCGGAUCGGCAGUAUCCUUCCAGACCCUGUGUUUUGGUUUUCUAGUCGAUUAAUCAUGUUGUUAUACAACAUGCGUUAUUGGGGUCACUCAGGCGGGUUUCGGGGAGCAAACCUGAGUGCAAGACAAGAGAGAGGGGGAAAAAGAGAAAAAUAACGCCUGUAGACAGGUUAUUGUUCUCUCUCUUCGAAACGUUCAUCUGGCGAACGCUGGUUUCUAUUGGGAGAGAGAGAGGCAACAUUUCUCUCUUUUCCCUCCUCUCUCUUGUCUAACGCCUCCUACUGGCGUCUUAAAACCCGCCUGAGCACCCCAAUAACGCCUGUUGAGUAGCCUAAGAAUAAAUAGUUGCGCCUAGAAAAUUAUCGUUUUAUUGUGUAACAGUGGCGUUUUUAUAAGCGUGUUUUUGAGGACACUUUUUCUUAAAAAUCGAAAUGCCGCCAAAAUCAUCAAAUGACCCGGUUUCACUGCAUUUGUGAGGCCUAAUCUCGUAACCGUACGGACGGAGAAUAUCACUUUUAUUUGUCCUGCAAAUAUUUAAUUAAAAAGUGAACAGAUCUUACAAAAGAAAGAGGUUAUACCUCGAAAUGUUUUUGAGAACAAAUUCGGCGAAAAAUAAGCCUGGGUGCCAGCUGCUGGAAAGAACGUCGGGCUCUUGAGAGCAAGAUUAGCCUGCAUGUAAGGGGGGCAUCCAUUCAUGCAUGUGUCUGGUACGGUGGAGAUUAAAUGGUUUUUCGGUUGUUUUGUAUGUAGAAAGAUGAAAAGGUGCUGAAUAUUCUGACCCAGUUGGGUCUUACCCUUUCCUUAAUCGGAAUCAUAGCGACAAUAAUCUGCUACGCAUUUCUGACGUAAGUACAUCUAAUAUCUUUUUAAAACAUAAUCAAAUGUUUCAACACGACUCCUUAAGCCCAAAUUUUGAACGUUAUCCCUUCUUAGUCUUUAAUUUUUUCUUCUCUUCUCUUUUCUUAUCUCAUGAUAUCUUAUCUUAUCUUGUCUUGUCUUGUACUUUAUUCUAAUGCUUUGUAUUGUAUUGUGUAACAUUGCAUUGUAGGGUAGUGUAAUGUAUUGCAUUGUAUUUUACUGUGUUGAAUUGUAAUGUAUUGUAUUGUAUUAUAUGAUAAUUUGUUUUGUAUAGAGCGUUUUCAUAUGACGUAACGGAGACCAUAAUAAAAAAAAAAAAAAAAAUAAAAACUAUAAAAAGGCGGCCAUGUUGGUGUUCCAAACCAGUCUUGUGGGAGUUGAACUCUUUUCUUAUGUAAACACUUUCUUUUGUUCCAAUAAAUUUGCAUAGAAACUGGUCACGUGAACGGAAAGACGCUUUAUUGCGUUGCAUUGCUAUAAUACACAUUUAGAGACAUUCCUUUGUUAGACCCACCCAGAGUGGUUUUGUUGAAGACAAUAUAGUUGUUUAUCUUUACACAGCGAUAUUAAAGCACCACUGUCACAAAUCCGGAUAAGUCUUGUCGCUUCCCUUGGAGUGGGCCAAAUAAUCUUCCUCGCAGGCAUUGGAGCAACUGAAAACAAGGUGAGAACUCUUUUAAGCGCUGAUCAUAAUCACUUUAGGCAAUUGACCUCUACAGAAAAUACCAUAAUGUACCAUAAUACUCUUCGUUAGUCACUCCAAAAGUUUGCUGGAGCAUUCUUUUCAUUUUCCGUCGUGGGGCCAUUUUAACUCCCAAGAGAAACUGAAGACAAUGCUUAUGCAAAAUUUUGGAGUGACUAGCAAGAAGUAUUAUGGUGUGUUAUGGCAUUUUCUGUAGUGGUCAAUUCGUCACUUAAGCAACGAGAAGUGAAAUAGGCCGGAUUAACAUUCGCGAAGACUUGGGACUGUUACUAGUAACACGGAAAAAAGGCCAAUAUCUGACCAGCGCGUUCCCAGUAAUUAUAAGGGACCUUAAGAUCUAACAACGAGACCGCAACGAGAACGUCAAAGAAAACAAUAGCUUUAAUAAGCAAAACAACAAUUUUGCUCGUGCAUCACACUUUUUGUACAUUUCUCUUGCUGUUUUUGCACGACUACGACGUGAAAUUGCGUAAUUUCGUGUUUUACGGAGAACGUAAACAAGUAACGGCGAAAUUUUAUUUCUCUUUCUGAACUUGGAUAUGGUCCCUUGGAAUUCAACUUCAGGAGGGUUAGCCUACAUUUGACGAAGUAAGCGGGUAGGAAUAAUCGCGAAAAAAGACUAAAAGAACGCAAAUUUACUUUUUACGAGACGUUCUCGUUGCCUUGGCAUCGUUGGAUCUUAAAGUCCCUAUUAAGGAUCCCAGAAACAAUUCCUGGAAGCAUAUCUGCUCCACUUUCCUUCUCGUUUCUAAGGGCUGUUUACGUGGAGGUGGGGGACCCCAGGUAGGUGAGGUAACCUGCUAUGGUGGGGUAACCGACUUGUCCAUGUAAUUUCUCAUAUUGUCAUCCCACCUAUCAUGUAAGAGCGAUCAAAUGAAUAUCAGAGAUUGUAUGGACAGGCGGGUUUCCCCACCAAAGCGGGUUACCUCACCUAUUUUGGGUCCUCCAUCUAAAAAGGCCCUAGGGUAGCAAAUUCAGUCCACAUACUGUACUUUAAAUGUCUGACGUUUUUUUGUGGAUGCCAUUUACUAUUACUGAAAUGGAAACAUAGGGCAAGAUGGGGUGUUAAAAAUUACCCGCGGUCAAUUUAAUAGAACUUUUACAAGUGCAUUUUACAAGUGUAGCUAUUGUUUUCAGACUCUAAAACAAUAAUGGCUACGCUUGUGAAUUACUCUUGUAAAAGUCUGUUACAUUGAAGCCUGGUCAAUCUAAGUAUCGAAGGUUUCUGGGGUGUUUUCCUGGAAUUUUUCGUCCUGGAAACUAAAGGUACAAGGUGAUAACAUUGUCCUUCCAAUAUGCGAGUUUUGACUAUAUGUUGUAGCCUGAAAUUCAUCCGAUUGCUUCGAGUCGUUUUCUCCUCUCAACAACGUCUGAAUCGACCGGCCGUUAAUGCCGUCCAGUGACGUCACUCACUACCCGAAAACCGGGUAGUGAUUUUGAUUGGUUGAUUGCCUAAACAUUCGCAUAAUUAUGUAUAAUUAUGAAAAAUUUAGCGGGAUUGUCGCUUGACCGCAUCCCUGGCAUUCUUUCGCGUAGUUCAAACAUUUCGAUAAGCUUAAUCUUUAUCUUAAACAGCAAAAUUGUCCUUGUCUUCGAAACUGAAAUGCUAAAUUGAACUGCUAAUGAAGAAUCAUUGCGGGGAGUCGGUAGGUUUUUCAUUUGGAGCCAAUUUGUUGUUUCGUGAUUUUGUUUACGCGAAGUUUUCUGAGAUCAAUAUUAUAAUUCGACCUUCUUGCUAUUUUUACCGUCAAGUGUUAUGAUUCUGUUAGCUUUUCUUUCUUGUUUCCUUGUUUUUUUCUUCGUUAAGGACCAAAUAGGCUUUUUUUCAAUUUUUUAACAAAUCAUUGUGUUUUUGAACUAAGUGUUCCGCGUGUGUGUUAAUUUCAUUGCGUGAUUGCGACCUAGUUUGAUAAUAGAAUUCAGUAUAACCGGUUCAGAGAUCUUCAGAGUUGUACUGCAUGCGGUUGGUAGUUUGAACGUUAAACAUGAACUACGAUCGAAAAAAUAAAGCAAUUCUGUACCAUGCAGACAUUUCCAAACGAUAUUUCUCGGUUUGCCACUUCAAAAUCGUGUUUUAGUUUUUGCAUGAAUUAAAGCAAAGGCCAAGGAGUGGUGACGUCACUGGAUGGCAUUAACGGCCGGUCGAUUCAGACGUUGUUGAGAGGAGAAAACGACUCGAAGCUAUCGGAUGAAUUUCAGGCUAUAUAUGUUGUACUUUGCAGGGCGUCUGUGUGACAGCAGCGGCCCUGAUUCAAUAUUUCCUUAUGACGGCUUUCUGUUGGAUGUUAAUGGAGGGAAUUUAUCUUUACUUGUUUGUUGUCAAAGUUUACAACGUUAGCAGUAAGAUGAAAAUUUGUCACGGAAUUUCAUGGGGUAGGUGUAAAGGGAUAAAUUUGCAUUUUAAUUUCUCAAGGUUUGGGCAAAGACGAGGAUGAAACUAGUGUCGGACGUAAGACUGAAUGUAACGGCGAAAAAAGGAACACAAUAGCGUCAACGUUUCAAUUAAAUUUUAUCGAAGAAGCCAAAUUGACAGACCCAAGUUUCAAAUUUUGUUCCUGAUAAAUCCCUGAAACUCAUUUUCUGACGACCUUUGCAUAAAUGACAUUCUAAUGUUAUCGAUGUUUCACCUUAUAGUUGUCGACAAUUAUCCUCGCGAAUACUUCAACGUGUGUUUAAAGUUUCAUGCUUGUUAUUCAGUGUGUGUAGAGUGUUGUUCGCACUUUUGAGUUUAUGCGUUAAACCCGAAUUAAUAUUUUGAAUGUUCAUGUAAAUUUUAUAAUUGCACUCCUCCCGCCACACCUUUUACUUCAGGCUUUCCUGCAGCAAUGGUCACUUUAUCGCUCAGUGUUGCUGCCGGGAUGGACGGAAUCACAAGUUUUGUCAGCGAUGAAUAGUAAGAAGUAAAGAGCUGAAAAGUAGAAUACGUAAAGAUACAUCGUUUUCGUUUACCUAUAAGAGUGAAAUACCCAUACCCUUUCUCGUACAUACACCAUUUGCCCUUCGUUACGGGGAAAUCAGUUUUUAUUAGUAUAGGUAAUGGCAUGAUUUGUUGUGAUAUUUGGCAUAAAUACCACGAGUGAUAUUUCGAAAUUGUUGUACGUUAUUUAACGAGCCGUUAGAAGACCUCUUUGAAAUAUAACGAGUGGUAUUUUUGCCAAAUAUCACGUACAAAUCAUGCUAUUAUUUGUUUAUACUACUACCCCCAAGAGGUUUGUAAUUUUCACAUGUAGGUAUUUCGAGUUAAGCUGAAAUACCACUGCUCUAAUAUAAGCCAAUCAAAUUGCAGAAAUUUCUCAUGUAGUAGUAUAAACGUGUAAAUAUUAUUGAUUUUAAUAAAUUUAUAUCAACAGUUUCGCCAAGAGAGCAAACAUUUGAUUUUGUAGCAUAGUCAUUAAGGAUUUUUUCAUAAGUAAGGCCAAUUUCUAUAGCAGUUUAUCGAAAACAAUAUUCUUUAGUGCGAAUGAAGUUUCAUUUUGCUUGGGUGAAUGUUCGUAUAUGAGAAUAGAUAUAUCAGUUAACAUUUGUCCUUUUGAUUUCCAACACGCACACACACUGGAAGAUUUUAUAAUUUAUUUUGUUUUCGUUUUAGCUGCUGGAUUUCUUCUUCUAACGGAUUGAUCUGGAUAUUCAUCUCGUUUGUUCUUGCAAUUGAGAUCGUAAGUUCACUCAGUAUUUUUUUUUAAUCUGAUAAAAAAAAUAGUGACACGAAAACGCACUAAAAGAAAAACAAAGAAAGUGGUUUAAAGGAUUUGUUUUAACGACAAAGAUUACCUCAGUCACCAUCACGUGGGCGGUGUUCUGAUAUUCCAAUUUAGGUUUUCUAUUUUCUCAACUCUGUUAUUUUUUUCAGAUAAACUUGUUGAUUUUGGUGAGAGUUAUAAGAGAAAUGACAAAAAUGGAACAAACAAAGGACAACCAAGGAGAACAGAUAAGGUCUCACAGAUUUUAUUGCUUGUUUUAACAGGCAUGUGUAAGUACAUGUAAUAUACUGUAUUUGUUACACGCCCGGCUUGAAUGAAGCAAAGAUUCCUUUUGAGAACAAAACAUUGUUUGGUCGUUAAGUGGUCAUGUCAUUACAUUAUCACUACUCAAACUGCUCUAUUGUGUGCAAUUCCCUUCGUUUUUAAUUGACGACACAAUGACUUAGCUGCAACAACACCAUCGGCAUUCCACUGAUGGCGGGUAAGGCUAAAAAAGUUGGGACGUUGGAAACAACGAUUCGUCUGUUUAUCUUCGAGAUUUAUGUAUAUUUAAUUGAAUAUCUUAUUUAUUUUGCAGACUUGGAAUCAGAGCUUGCGUGGUGCUAAUUCCCUUACUUGGGGUCACGUGGUUAUUCGGCGCAUUAUCGUCAGCCCACAAAGCAUUCGCUUACAUUUUUGUUAUCUUCAAUUCCACUCAGGUGAGAUGCGAGCCCCAUUCUUUGCGCACCUAUUUUUUAGCUUAAAAAGCAAAUACUUAAUCACAAAUCAAAGUCAAGAAAUUAAAAGAAGAUUGAAAUUAUUUCACUGAAGAUGGCCAAGGAUUAUAUAAGUACAUUUUUUGGAAAACUUUGGUGAUAGUCUUUCUUAUUUUCCUACCCGCAGGGAUUUUCCAUCUUUCUUCUUCACUGUGUGAGAAAUAGUGAGGUAAGAACAAAAUGUUAAAUGAUUGCAAAUUUUAUCAUCUCGUGUUGCCGAAUUAUAAGUUAAGCAAUGUUUUUAGUAACUCGGAUCCAAACACAGAACCAAAAUCACAAGGAAUUUACGAUCAAACCCCUCGAUUACGAACACCUGUUUAUUACGGAAAGUUCUCAUGACCCAAAGACACCAAUAGCACCAGAGACAGCUGAUAGCGGAACCUCCGCGCGCGGGUGGCGGAGCCCCCAUUGCUAUAGAAAAUGGAAACCUAUCGAUCGAUACGAGAAAAUUUGGUUAUGACGUCAGCGUACGUCCGUCCGUCCAAACUUCCUUACGGACUUGGCAGGGAGCGAUCUUUUGAAUUAAUUGUCUUUGAUUAUCCCGCAGAUCAGAGAGAGGUUCAAAAGAAGAAUACGGGUGAUAUUUCCAGCUGCCAGCAAUGGAACUACAAGCGUUAAAAGACACUCUGACCUGAAUGGCAGCAGCAGCGGAAUCCUUUCCCUGCGAAAAAUUGAAGUUAUGCCCAUAAGUACCGAGAGCCUAGUGAAAUCACCAUGA